AUGAGAAAUGAAAAGGAUUUGGCAGCAGAUGGAGUUUUAAUUAGGGGUAGCAGUUCGAAAACGAACAGCGGUCUACCAAUAUCUCCACCAGAUGGUGGGUAUGGGUGGGUUAUCGUACUUGCUUCAUUUUUUGCCAAUGUUAUUGUGGAUGGAAUUAUUUAUUCGAUUGGCGAAACACUUGUUGAGAUUUGGGAGCAGGAUUUUAGAACAACAUCUAUGCAAGCAUCUAUUGUGCAGUCAUUACUUACUGGAUUUUACUUUCUUGCAGGUCCGAUGGCAAGUGGGCUUACAAAUUUAUUUGGAUGUCGCUUGGUUGUCAUAGCUGGUUCUAUUACAACAUUUGUUGGUUUCAUUUUAUCUUCCAUCGUACCAACACUUUCAUUGCUUUACAUCACGUUCGGUAUUAUUGGAGGAAUUGGCUUUGGACUUGUUUAUUUGCCAUCAAUAUUGGUUGUGAAUCAGUACUUUGAGAAACGAAGAGCCCUUGCUAUGGGAAUAGCUGUAUGUGGUUCAGGUAUUGGUACCACCGUAUUUUCACAGUUAUUUCCAUUUUUACUAGAAGUUUGUGAAAACAAUUGGAGGCAUUUUCUUGUUUAUGCAGCAUUUAUUACACUUCUGUCUGUCUUAUGUGGUUUGUGUUAUCGAAAAAUACCGUUAGAAAUACCGUCGGAAGAUAAUGAGGAUAAAAGAAUGAAAUCUGAUUCUGAUUCGUCCUAUGAAGGAAAUGAUGGACAUGACAGUUUGUCUUCACAGCUCACUACCAACCAUUCAAUAUCUAUGAGUAGUCUGCAAGGAAAAGUGUUUCAAGAUGAAGCCGAAGAAAUGACUGGUAAUUUAAUGAUGAUUUCAAGAACGACGACACAAGUACCGUCGCAAAAAUCUAGAAAGGCAUUUCCUUUACAAAACGCAAUUAAAGUAGGUGCGACUUCAAGCCAGCAAUCAUAUUUAUUAUUUGUUAUAGGGCUUGUUAAUAUCUUUGGACGAAUAUUAUGCGGGCUAAUAUCGGAUUUACCAAACGUAGACCCGUUAUUUAUUCAUAAUCUGGGCAUAAUCAUUGGCGGUCUAGCAACUUGCAUCGUACCGUUACUAACACAAUAUUGGAUGUAUGUAGUAUAUACAAUACCGUUUGCAUGGAGUGUUGCAUGUUUCUCAUCACUUCGUGCCAUUAUUUGUAUUGAAUUACUCGGUUUGGAAAAGCUUUCUAAUGCUUUUGGGAUGAUGAUGCUCUCUAUGGGCAUUGCUGCUUUAAUUGGUCCACCACUUGCUGCGCUAUUUAAAGAUAUAAGCGGGAAUUUCGAUCUGUCAUUUUACGUAAUGGGUUCAUUGCUAACACUGAGUGGAGUGCUUUGCAUACCACUUCGAAUAGUCAAAUCACGCAUACCAAAUCCAAGAUUGCCGAGAAAUACCAGACAAUCAGGGCUGCAGUCCAUGAAUAUAACAGAACGAUUUUGA